CUAUGCGGAAGAGUUUAUAUUUUAUCCUUCAAAAUCAAAACAUGGGUCGUAAGAGGAGACACUUUGAUACAGAUUAUGUGAGAGAAAAGCAAGGAAAAGUUCCGAAGCUUAUACAUCAGCCGGAACUUGGCUUUAAGCAAGAUAUAGAAACUUUAUUACAGAGGUUUUCAGAGUCUGGGACCGUUAGAUAUGAAAAGUUCGCAGAAAUAUGGCGGGACAUGAAUUUCUCAUUCUUUUGCGCUGGCAGACAGAGCCAGAGGGAAUGUCGAGAGUAUGUGGAAGAGGUGUUCCAGGUGGCAAUACCCUACUGGCUUCCACCUUCUUCCUUCCUUGCCAGGGCGGGGGCACUGUAUAUGUUGUAUGGGAUGUACAACCACCAGCUGGUCGUUCCAAAGGUCAAGAUCCGUGUAAGCCCAGCACAAUGGCAGACAAUUCAAGAGUUUCAGCAGGAAGCCAGGGACCAACAGCAUCUUGACCUGGACUAUGUGUUCCAGAAAAUGUGCCUGGAACACGCCUUCCAGUUCGUGGCUACCUCCAGAGAAAUGUACCAAACUGGGCGAGACCGUGACUUGUUUAUAGCUGAUGACUUAAAGGAAGAGGCUUCAUGUAUUGAGGAAAUAUUUUCCAGCCAAACACUGAAUCAACUGUCCCUUGUUCAUGACCAGUAUCAGAAGAUGAAAGUGGCCCUCAGUUCAGACAACACAACCCCAGACAGCUCGCUCAAUAUUGCUCCCAAAGACUGGAUUGAGAAAAUUUACAGAACCCUGAGAAACUACAAGGAGAAACAAACAAGCCAUCAUACCGCUGCUAUUGUUGAUCCAUCUGCGGAGCUUAAAGAUGCAUCCAGUACUGAAGUCUCCAUGAAGAAGAAGCUGAAGGCAAAGGCCUUUGUACAGACCACUGGGUUUCACCGCACACGUGAACGCGUGAAAAAGGAAGGGCUCUCACUCUCAGAGGAGGAGGAGAUGUUAAGUGAAGAAAAUAAACCGAAUGUAGACCAUAACUGGCCAUUUGAUGAGAAGUCACUGAGAAAUAAGCCUAGAGGUCGAGGACGGCACAAAAUUGCGGAACUGUAUGCUGAGGAAGAUGAUGCUCCGACUACCAAUGAUGUGGUUUGCCUCACAGAUAAAAUCUCAAUGCCAGACUUUGACAAACUCACAGAGAAACUGAAUGCAGCUAACAAAGGUUCCACAUCAGAAUCUGAGGAUGUGGAUCUUGUCAUAAAUGAUAAAGUCAAUUCAGGUAAGGGUAAGCAACCAGUCAGAGGCAAGGCAAGAAGAAAAUCUUCAGGAGGGUCUAAGUCUAAAACUAUAAGUAUCCAAAAGUCACAAAAUGAACCCAAGGAAGAAUCACCAAUAAGAAACAGAACUGAAGAAACAGUAGAAGUUGAAAGUGUUGCUAGUAAAAAAACUAGAGGAAGAGCUAUUGUAAAAAAAGUGAAAAAUGAUGAAAAAAUGGGAAAUGAAUCGGUAGUUCUAGAAAAACCUAAACCUCAAAGGCGAAAAAGUUCGGGUAAAAGAACAGGUAGUGUCGAUGAAAUGGGUGAUAAUAAAGAAUCAGUUGAAGACGUAACUAAGGACAAACAGGCAGCUCAGGAGAAACUGCAUCAAAGAUUGAAUCAGAGAAAGAAAAAUGCAAGAGAAAAGACCAAGGGAAAGAAGUGAUCAAUGUUUUUAAUAAAUUGUUAGCUUUUGUCAAAUUUAUAUGACUGAGUGAAUACUGUAGUAUAAUAAGUGGUAAAAAUUCAUGGAGAUAUUGAGACAGAGUGAUUAUUAUUUUCCCACCAAAUCUAGAUUUUACAAUUUAUUGUUGUUGAUUUUCCAUUGAUAAACUUUUUAUUUGAAGGGAGAAAUAGAAAAAUAAAUCCACUGAAAUGACUACAAUCAUUG